GAGUUUGGCUGCAAAGAUCUGAUCGUUCAAGACCAGAACUACUACUAAUAAACACUAUAGCAAGUGUACUGUAUGCUCACUUUUGACAUGAUCAAACCGUCUGCAAACACAAGCCCAAUCUAUUCACUGACAUGAGCACAAACCCAGCAGAAACACAGUGAUCCUGCGAUGGAGACAGAAACAAACACGAGGUCUUGCAGCUCCGCAUGUGGGUUUCCUCUGGAUUACAACACUUGAACUGUGAAGAGGAGGACGAGGAGGAAGAGGAGACAGAGAGUGUACGGGAUGUGUUUCUGUGCAGAGGAGCAGUAGAUAGUGAACUAGGAUCCUGCGCAGGAGGGUGGGGCUCUCCCUCCCGCCACAGACAAAGAGUCCUGCUGUGAGAGAAGUGGUCGUUUUGGAGCGGCACACAAUAGAAAAGUCACCAUGGGGUGCAACAUGUGCGUGGUCCAGAAGCCUGAGGACCAGUACAGAGUCAUGUUCCAGGUGAAUGGAAAGGCUCUAUCGCGGCUCUCUGGAGACCCCCCCCUGGACCCCGUGUUGUCCAGCCUCCUGCGGGGGGGGGCCCGGAGGAGAGCCGGGCUGAUGGGGGCCCCCGGUGCUCUGAUGCCAGUAACCAUGGGAACGGCCGACUGUGUGGACAGCUGCACGCAGACAGACAUCAGCUUCCAGCACAUGUUGACUCUGGGGAGGAGUCAGCAUCCCUGUGGAGCCCCCCCGCCCCCCGACACCCCGCCCUACCUCCUCAGCUUCAUAGAGCCGGUUUACUACGACCCCACGGAUUACUUCGACAUCGCUCAGCAUGAAGUGGACCGCCAGGACGAGCUGGAGUACGAGGAGGUGGAGCUGUAUAAAUGUCGUCAGCAGGACAAACUGGGGCUGACGGUGUGUUACAGGACGGAUGAUGAGGAGGACCUGGGGAUAUAUGUGGGAGAUGUGAACCCCAACAGCAUCGCUGCGAUAGAUGGACGCAUCCGCAAAGGAGACAGAAUCCUACAGAUAAACGGCGUGGACGUCCAGGACAGAGAGGAGGCGGUGGCUCUCCUGACCCGAGAGGACAGCACCAACGUGUCCCUGCUGCUCGCCAGGCCAGAGGUGGAGAACGACAACCAGCUGGAUCCAGACGAGUUGGACUUGGAGCCGGUGGACAACGCUGAUCACCUUCCCAGCAGAGCGAGGACCUCCGUUCUGGGCGGUGUUGCAGGUGGAGGUUUACUCCAUCGCUCUCUGAACCGAGACUCACCUGAUCGGCUGCACGCGGUGCUGAGCAACAGCCAGGAGCUGGACAGCGGUGUCGGUCGAACAGACGAAAGCACUCGCUACGAGGAGUCCUCGGAACACGACCUCCUGGGAGACGAUCACACCAGCGCCUCCAACACCAACACAACCAACACCCCCGGCAGCAUGAGGAAGUUUCUCUCCGGAAGAGAGGAUACACCACCCUUGUUGCACUCCCAGGACCUCCAGUUCAGCACAGACUCCCUCUUAGGACUGGACUGUGGAGGAUUCGAGCACGUGGAGCGGACGUAUGCGGCCGAUCCCGUGAGGAUGAUGAUGCCCGGGCUCACCGAGGAGGAGUGUGAGCGUUACAAGGAGCUCCUGGAGAUCAAGUGUUACUACGAGAAGAACAGCAAUGCUCUGAUGCUUCUGGAGGGUCAGGGGCUCGAACAAGAAGAAGGUGAAGGUGGAGGUGGAGGUGGUGGUGGGGUCUCGCUGGAUGUGAACAGGAACGAGAGCCUGACGCAGCACGAGAUGGCCCUCCUGGAAGAGGAGCUGCGCCACCUGGAGUUCAAGUGUCGCAACAUCCUGAGGGCGCAGAAGAUGCAGCAGCUGAGGGAGCGCUGCAUGAAGGCGUGGCCGCAAGAGGAGAAGAACGGAGCGAGUGGAAUAGGAGCCGGACGAUUGGACGUGAGUUUGGUCGAUGGGGAGUCGUGCCACCACGCGCUGUCGGACAUUAACGAGCUCCCAGAGAGGGAACGCUCGGAUAAGGACAGCACGAGUGCCUACAACACCGGAGGGGAAAGCUGCAGGAGCACCCCUCUGGUCAACGAUCAACACCCGUCACCCUCCACUCAGAGUCUGGAGGGAGGAGAGCCUCUUCUCCCUGCGUCAGGUGUGCAUCUCCCAGCCUCACCAAGGCACAAAGAGAGGGGGACGAGGGGCGAAAGAGGAGACAAGACUCAAGCAAACCUGAACCAAACGUACUCCCCGCACUCUCACAGGAAGCGAGCCGACGCCAAGACAUCCAGCCCAGGAGUUAAGGUCAGGUCUUUAUCCCGGGAUAGAGGAACCAGACGGGGCUCAGAUGGAGAAGUCAAACGUAAUCUCAAACCCACAGGUGAGAGGUCUGGAGGAUACAGCGCAGAAAAUAGUCCCUACCUGUCCCGCCGUGACACGAAGCCCCAGCAGCACUAUCUGAGCUGCAUGCAGUUGCGUUCGCCCACCGCCUCCGAGCAACUCAUGGAUACCUGGGGCGACGACAGCCCGAUGAGUUUGGGAAGCACCUGUAAAGACGUCGCUCAGGUACCCUUGUCUCCUCCCCCUCCUCCUCCUCCUCCGCUGCUGCCCGCCUCGCCUCGCAUGGAGUGGAAGGUGAAGAUCCGCAGCGACGGGUCUCGUUACGUGGCCAAGCGUCCGGUGAGGGAUCGCCUCCUGAAGGCCCGCGCCAUGAAGAUCCGAGAGGAGCGCAGCGGCAUGACGACUGACGACGACGCCGUGAGCGAGAUGAAGAUGGGGCGCUACUGGAGCAAAGAAGAGCGUAAACAGCAGCUGCAGAAAGCCCGAGAGCAAAGGAGGCGUCGGGAGUUCAUGAUGCAGAGUCGAUUGGACUGUUUGAAGGAGCGUGAUAGAGAUCAGGGUGGUGGUGGAGGUGGACAGCAAGGGGAGACCCAGCAGCAAGAACCCACCACCAUUUUGGAGCUGUGCCACCGCAGAAGCAUGAAGAAGAGAAGUCGCAGGAUCAUGGACAACUGGAUCACUAUUCAGGAGCUGCUGGCCCACGGGAGCAGGUCUGCGGACGGGAAGAAGGUCUACAACCCCCUGCUGUCCGUCACCACAGUCUGAGAUGAGACGGGAGGCUGAGAGUAACAAAGAGAUUGAGUCAAUUCAGUAUUCAUAUGCAGAAUCUGCAACGGGACAAGAUGUGGGUGUGGGAAGCGUCCCAAGAAGUAAUGACCAGUGACGUUUGAGCAAGCUUUGGUUGAAUACAAGCUAACAGUUCAUGUAAGAAGGAAAAAUGCUAAAUGUGUUGGACUAAAAAGCAAUCUUGCAACCCAGCGCUUAUCGUCUGACAAAGAUUUAGCUUAAAAUUGGACUGUAGUUUGGUUACUUGUACAGUAAUGGUCAU